GUGUUAUUCGCGGAGGCCGGCAAAGACUGCGUUGAUUUCUUAUUCUACCUACUCUCCCUGCCAUUCGGCUGCUAAGAGAUGAAGGAAUGGAGGGGUCUUUACCCACCCUCUACAAGAGCUUAGAAAAUCUCAACAACGACUACAUAGAGCCCUACAAGAGAAAGGAGACCUAUCUGAAACCGGUCACCACUUCUCCGCUUCCUCUUCUGGGCCUUGGAGCAGAUGCUUCAAGUUCAACUGCAAACAAAACUUGCAGCUGUGACAGUUACAGUGACAGUGACUGUGAUAUUCAUACCUUUGGCAGCCCCAGUAGAAAAGUAAGUAGUGGUUUGGUGAAGGGGGUGGUGACGUACAUGGUGAUGGAUGAUUUGGAGAUCAAGCCCAUGUCUACUAUCUCCAGCAUUACUCUUCUCAAUGACUUCAAUAUUAAGAAUGUGGGGGCUUUGAAGGAGAAGCUUGUCUAUUUGAGAAUCAAGGAGGCCAUAAAGCUGUUGAAGAUCUCUCUGCAGAGCAAGAAUGUUCUUACACAACUCUUCUGCUAGUUCAACAAAUGUCGGUCGUGGAUUUUGGUUUCACAAUGAACCUCAGCUUUUUGUUCCAGCCUUUGGUUUUUCAAGUGUGAUCUGUUUAGUAGGCUAUCUUUUGCGCGUUUUGAAAUUGUUACUGUAUUUCGUAAACCUGAUCGUCGAAAUCUCAUUCAAGUGCCACGGCAUGUUUGGCCU